GGGGGGCGGGGGGGGGGGAGACGCAGGGGAAGGAUAAAUUCCACGUUCAGGCGACGCCGGAGGGGGGCGGGGUGGGGGGAAGCGGAACCGUAACGGAUUCAAUGGGGCAUCGAAUCCGGUGGAGAAGCUCACGGUCCUCUCCACUUGGGUGAAGACUGGGUUGCGACCCUCGCGACUUCCGCAGGACCGAAGCGAGCGCCGUGGUUUGGGGGCGGGGCAACCAUUUAGACCCUGGGGCACCUGGAGCACCCUGUAAGGUGCCGAGUGGUCCCUGCUGUGCGCAGGCGCAGGCUGGUCCGCGAGACCCGGCCCACCCGGGACGGGGAGGAAAGGGAGGGGGCGGGGGUGGAAUCGGGGGAGGAGGAGCCCGAGGCUCUCGGAGUCUCCAUCCCGAGCUCAGGCCGCAUCUCAGACCAGGUAGAGGUGCGGAAGGAGGCCCCAGAACGGCUGGGAGCUUCACGGUCAACUAUGAUGGACACUUUAGAAGAAGAGAACUUCGCGCUGGCCAUUUCUUCCGCUUCUGAUGCAGAAUUUGAUGCAGUAGUUGGAUGUAUAGAGGACAUUAUCAUGGAUGGUGAGUUCCAGUUAUUACAGAGAAACUUCAUGGAAAAGUACUACCGAGAGUUCGAAGACACAGAAGAAAACAAACUCAUCUAUACCCCUAUUUUUAAUGAAUACAUCUCUUUGGUCGAAAAAUAUAUUGAAGAACAGCUGCUCGAGAGGAUUCCUGGGUUUAACAUGGCAACUUUCACUACAACAUUACAACAGCAUAAAGAUGAAGUAGCAGGUGAUAUAUUUGACAUGCUGCUCACAUUUACGGAUUUCCUGGCCUUCAAAGAAAUGUUUUUGGACUACAGAGCUGAAAAAGAAGGCCGAAGUCUGGACUUAAGCAGUGGUUUAGUGGUGACAUCAUUAUGCAAGUCAUCUUCCAUACCUGCUUCUCAGAACAAUUUACGACAUUAGUUCACGUUCUCUGGAUGAGAGUUUAUCAUCUCGGACAUUCUGAACUUGAAGGAUGGUGAGUGACCACAGCGUGAUGAACAACGUGCUUAGCGAUGGCGGAAUACAGCUGGAAAAGACUGACCUUGUUCUGGUGCUUUUAAUUAAUGCUAAGUGUAGAGUGAUCAUAAAGAACCCUGCUGGAAUAUUGGCUUCUCUCAAAAUAUCCCCGUUAGCCCUAGUAUGGCGGGCAGAGCUGCCUCAACCCCUGGGUGCUCAGGACAGUGAGGGAAAGAGGACUGGUGUGUGUGUGUGUGUGUGUGUGUGUGUACACUGCAUUCACUUAGGGGUGAAAUUACAUUGCCUAUUUCAGCUGUCACUCCCUUUCAGUAUAUUGGGGGGGGGAUGACACCCAGGAUGAGUGUGUUAGCAACACAUGUUUGUUUCUCUUAAAUCAAAACAUUACAUUGCAUGUUUUCCAUCUCAGAUAUGAACAGGUUUUCCACACACAUCUUUGUGACACAAGGCCGUCUUUGCCUGGUACACAUUUCAACCCAAGGAAUUCUACUCCUAUAUGUUUUAUGGUGUCUUUUUGAAUAGUGUUUGUUCACCUACAGACAGUUAUGCAACCCCAGCUCAUUUGUGUAGGAAUUUAUGUAUUAGAAACAUUGGGGAACACAGGGUUUGGCUGGGAGUUUUCCCCCAAACUAAAAAGCUGUUUGCCUAGAAGUAAAAUAUAUAAACCACCUCGUAAUCUUAGGUUUGUAAAAAUCUUGUGACCUCAGCAUGACCUUGUACUGGUCCUCAUAGCAGCAGUCUCAUUAUGUCUAGCCAAAGCACCCUUUGAAAGUACAGUGUACAUUUUAGCAGCAAAUUCCAAGAUAUUGUGAAUUUGGUUUGGGCCCUUCUGUGAAUGUCCAGUUAAGAAGAAGGCUAAGUAUUAUGUUGUAAAGUUUUUUAGGUUUAAAGUAUUCUUGGGUGAAAAGUUAUCCUAUAUUGUUAUUCCAUUUUGUCAAACCCUACAAGUUACAUACUGAGGUCUGAUUUAUAUUGGAAAAGAGGGACUGAAACGUGUGCUUUUUUUAUAAUGCUCCCAUGGUUAGUGUAAAUUUGUUAAAGUCCUGUGCAUCAGAGAUCAAUUUUUCCUGCAAAAAGAGUUGAAGUCCUAAACUUGUUAAUAUUCUCUCUCCUCUUAAAACCUCUCCUCCCAAGAUAGUGUUCCACUGGUCCACAUGUGAGUAAGCAAGAAAGAGGAGGAAGUAGGCAAAAGCUUGAAUUAUCAUCUCUUCUUUUUUCAGUUUAGGAAAAUGUUCAGUUUUCCUAAAAAGCAGAGCUCUAAAAGCAAAGUUUGAAUUAUUAUCUCUGCUUUAUUCAGUUUAGGAAAAUGUUUGAUUUCUCUAAUAACUUUCAAGGUACUGAUAAGAAAAUGCAUACAUUUGUCAAAACACUUUGGAGAAAAGAUAAUAAGUGGCUAUCUGACUGAGCUUUAAAUUGAAAACAAGACUGUUGAAUUUUAAUUUGACUGUUCCUGUUUUAAGGCAUGGACUGAAGAUUGUAUAUACAUAUGUGUCAUGUAUUGAGAAACAUGGAUUGGGUUGAUUUUUUUUUUUACUAUAAGUGUAAUCUGACACACUUUGCCAGAACAUCAGAUAUUCAAAUAUUAAAGAUCAUUCUUUCUUUAA